AUGCAAUCGAGCUGUUCUCAAUGCUCCAAGCGGCUUGAUUCGGAGAAUCAAACAGUAUGGCUUUUGGAGUUGAAGUUGUUGCCAUCGACAUGGGAAACCAUCGCCUAUAUCUUGGCUAAACUGAAAAGAAAGGAGACAAAUUGCGAAUGCGGGAGCAAGGGAGGAUAUAUGUCUCUGGAGUAUGCCAUGGGAGGGAUAUUUUCUGAGAAAUCUGAUGUGUAUAGCUUUGGAGUGUUGCUACUUGAGUUUGUCAUUGGCAAAAAGAACACGAGCUUCUACUACCUUGGCCAGCAUUUCAAUCUUCUUUCCUAUGCAUGGCAAUUGUGGAGCGAAGAUAGAGGACUAGACCUAACGGAUGAAGCGAUUGUUAAUACUUCUUUGCCAAAAAAGCGAAGAGAUGCAUUCGGAUGGAGAGCUAAGAUAACAGGAAACUGGUGCAUAAUUUCGAGGCUCCGUGGCUUGGUACACACAUCUGAUAGUUCGGCCAAACUUAUGCAAGCGAAAGCAUGGAAGGAGCAGUUGAAGCAAGAUGAUUCGCAGGAAUUGACCCUUUUCAGUUUUGAUAGUAUACUACUUGCCACAGACAAGUUCAGCACCACAAGUAAACUCGGGCAAGGAGGGUUUGGCUCUGUUUAUAAGGGGAAGCUGAAAGAUGGGAAAGAGGUAGCUGUGAAAAGACUUUCCAGUACCUCGGCCCAAGGCAUUGAAGAGUUCAAGAAUGAGAUCAUCCUUUUAUCGAAACUACAACAUCGAAAUCUUGUUAAACUCAUGGGCUACUGCAUUGAAGGAGAUGAAAAAUUUUGGUAUACGAGUACUUGUCGAACAAAAGCUUGA